AUGUCAUUUUGGCUUCAGAGAGACGAGUCACAAUCGCAACCUCAAUCAGAUGAAACUCAGGGAGGUGUGCUCACGUUGGGAGGAAGAAAUUCAUCACUUUUCGUUGGCGAUAUCGAUUUCAAUGACAUACCCGUGAAUACACCGACGUACUGGCUGCAGGCAGUGUCAGCCGUCACUGUCAAUGGGCAGUCUAUUGCAAUCACAGAGGCGACAUCACUUGCUGCUAUUGAUACGGGGACUACACUUCUAGCAGGCCCCCCUGCAGACGUUGCUGCAAUAUGGGCGGCUGUUCCAGGCUCUAGCCCGGCUGGAGACAAAGCUCCAGGAUUUUAUUUCUUUCCUUGCACUACGGAUGUUUCUGUUUCUUUCUCUUUUGGAGGCCAGUCUUGGCCAAUUGCUGUGCAGGACAUGAUCCACGGAACUGUCGAUCCUGCAGGCACCCUCUGCGUCGGAUCUAUAUACGACCUCAGUCAGGGUACCAAUCAACUCCCACCCCCUGGUUCCCCAAACUGGAUUGUUGGAGAUACAUUUUUGAAAAAUGUCUACACUAUAUUCCGUAUGACUCCGCCUUCAGUUGGCUUUGCGCAACUUUCUGCUCUUGCGGGGGGCUCAGAUACAGUUUCGUCAACAGAUAGUAAAACAACACACUCAAAUAGUGAUGUCACUACUAUUCAUGCAGUGACAAAAUCGCUUAUGUUAUUAUUGCUAGUCCAGAUGUGCUGGAGCAUAUUUGGACUUUCUGUGUUUUGA